UUUCCCAUCGUGCCUCGCGGUGGCGGCGGCGGCGCGGGCUGCGGGAAUGAGGUAAAGGCGGGAGGGGCGGGGGCGCGCGGCAGGAAGAGCGGCGGGCAGGCGGCGGCGCGAGCGAAGCGGAGCGAGUCCGGCCCCAUGGCGGACACCAAGGAAGCACAUGAGGAGCAUGAUACUUCUACUGAAAAUGCAGAUGAUUCUAACCAUGAUCCUCAGUUUGAGCCCAUAGUUUCCCUUCCUGAGCAAGAAAUAAAAACUCUGGAAGAGGAUGAGGAAGAACUCUUUAAGAUGCGAGCAAAGCUAUUCAGAUUUGCAUCUGAGAAUGACCUUCCAGAAUGGAAAGAACGAGGAACUGGUGAUGUAAAACUUCUGAAACACAAGGAGAAGGGAACAAUUCGCCUCCUCAUGAGGAGGGACAAAACCCUAAAAAUCUGUGCAAACCAUUAUAUCACACCCUUAAUGGAGCUGAAGCCUAAUGCUGGGAGCGACAGGGCAUGGGUCUGGAACACACAUGCUGACUUUGCAGAUGAAAGCCCCAAGCCUGAACUUCUGGCAAUCAGAUUUUUAAAUGCAGAGAAUGCACAGAAAUUCAAGGCAAAAUUUGAAGAAUGCAGGAAUGAAGUAGACAAGAGAGCAAAGAAAGCAGGCACAGACAAAAAUGAUAGUGCUGAUAAAGUUGCUGAAAAACUAGAAGAGCUUUCUGUAAAAGAAGAGAGCAAAGAAUCUGAGAAGAAAGAGACCAAGGAAAAAACUGAAGAAAAGCAAUAAAUCAUCCUGGGCCUUGCAGUUUUUCCUUUACCUUUUUCUUUCUUUCUUUUUCCUUUUUUCUUUUUUUUUUUUUAAUUUUUACAAGGGACUUUAUAAGGAACUGAAUUCAACGUUCAGGUUGUUUUUUCUAAGCUUUUGCCCUUAUGAAGAUGUCUUCAGAAAAUCCAUUCCCCAGUCAUGAAAAUGUACUGUGCUAACUUUCUUUUCCAUAGUGGAAACACUUAUUUAUAGUCAUCCAAAAGAGUGAAUAAAACAAACUUGAAAACAGCA